AGUGACGUAACGUCGUCACACCCCGACGUCAUGAAGCAGCGCCGGUGUUGUGCCAAAACAAACUGAAGCUAAAAGCGAAGCUAGGAGUGAAAUUUGGAUGACAGCUCCUGCCUGGAUUAUGCACUGUUUGCCUUGGAAGAAGUGAAUGAGGUGCUGCCUUCUGCCUCUGCUGUUUUGUGACUGCUACUGCUGCUGGGAUGGGCCAGCAGAUCUCAGGGCAGGCGGUGAUGAACCAUCUGCCUGAGAAGCUGGUGAAACAUGCCGGAUUGGUUCGUGACAGUGGCUACCUAAGCUACGAGGAAUUUCUGGCAAGAGUGGCUGAACUUAAUGAUGUUACGGCCAAACUAGCUGCUGGACAGCAGAAGCACCUGCUGUUUGAGGUGCAGCCAGGAUCUGAUGCCACAGCCUUGUGGAAGGUGGCUGUCAGGAUUGUCUGUACCAAGAUCAACAAGGAGACUGGCAUGGUGGAAGCAUCACGGAUCAUGAACCUGUAUCAGUUCAUCCAGCUGUACCGCGACAUCACCAGCCAGGCCGCUGAGGUGCUGUCUGCAGAGGGUGCCACUAAGGGCCCCUCUACUGAGCUUCCCUCCACUGACUCCUGCCAGGCCAGCAUGUGGAUGGGCAGAGUGAAGCAGCUGACUGAUGAGGAGGAGUGUUGCAUCUGCAUGGAUGGAAAAGCUGACCUCAUCCUGCCCUGUGCACACAGCUUUUGUCAGAAAUGCAUUGAUAAAUGGAGUGGCCAGAGCCGAAACUGCCCAAUAUGCCGUCUGCAAGUAACUGCUGCCAACGAAUCGUGGGUAAUGUCUGACAUCCCUACAGAGGAUGACAUAGCCGGCUACAUCCUCAACCUGGCAGAUGAGGCAGGCCACCCCCACAGGCCUUAACAUGCAGAAUACUGAGCCAAGUAGAUAGCAAAGGGAAAUAGACCGACAUGAGUAGAUUUUACAUACUGAGACACAAAAUGUCACUUUCACUGAGAGGUUGGAUUUUUUUUUUUUUUCUAAAGAGCAAAAU